AUGCUUCAAUAAUCAUAACCAAUCCAUCAUUCUGUAAUAAAAUAUGAAGAGGAUGAUGUACCUUUGAUGUAUGAAGUGUUACCUUUUGAAGGGAGAGGUAAUUAUACUUUUGAAGAAUUUCAAUAACUAUAAGAGCGGAUAGUUUCACAUUAAUAAAUGAUGGAAAAUUACAAAGUAAAUACUUGGGAAACAAUGCAUUAUUAUGAGACAGUAACUGUUGAUAAGUGUAAAUCAGCAUUCUUAGAUAAUAAUGAGGAGUACCAAGGUAUGAUAACAAUGAUAGAGAUGUUUAAUGCAGAAGUAACUGUCUUCAGUUCAUCAGGUUCUAAAUGCCUAGUCAAGGAAUGCUCGAAUACGUAAUGGAAUGUGGAGACUCUAAUUUUUUCGUUCUUUAGCAAGCAUUAUUAGAGAGAUUUCAUUCUUUACACGAAAUAGAGACUUAUAAGCUAAAUUCAUUACUAGAUGUUACAAUUGGGCAUUAGAGACUAUAACCAAAGUUGAUUAUUAAAGUCGAAAACUUGAUAGUGAUUAACCACCAACAAGACCACCUACAGGUUAAACUAAAAGACCAUUUAGUAGUGCAACAUAACCUAAAAGACCUUAAAGUGCACUUACUAUUAAAAGUAUGCGACCAUAGUCAGGAUAUCCAACUACAGUAAUUGAUGGAUAUGCAGAAACCACCAUUGAAUAAACUCAUCCAGAUAGACCUGAUUCUGCAAUUACUGGUAUUAUUCGUAUAGACUAAAUGGUAUUAUUAAUUUAAAAUAUUUUUAAAGAAAGAAUCUCAAUAUAGCAAAGGAACUUUACUUCCAGGGGAUAUAAUUUAAGAUUAAUUAUAUGAUUAUUAAAGUGGUUCUCGAACAAAACAUGAUUCAAUGCCUCCACCAGAAUAACGUCUAACGAAUUAUAAGAGAAGGAUUAUAUAAAAUUUUUAAGCACCAAGACCUUAAAGUGCGUUAGAUAGUUCUGGUAAGAUUAAAAUGAAAUCAACAUUUCCAAAACCAAUAAAAUCAGCUAAAUAAACAGCAAUAGUGGAGGAGAAGGAAGAAGAAGUAAUUCAAGGAGAUUUAAUAGAUAAUAAUGAUGGAAUUAUAUUAAAUGAAGAAGAGUUAGCUGCUAGAUAAGCAGAAAAUGAAGCAAAAUUAAUAAUUUAAGAAGAGGAAGCUAAGAAAAAAGAAAAGACUCUUGAACCUUAGAUAAAAGUGUUUAUAAAUGAUGAAUAAGUAGAAAAUAAUUAGAAAGCAAGAAAUUUAGAUUUUGAAACAAGAGAUGGAUUUUAAUAAUAUUAAAAUUCAAAUUAAGCUGAUGAAAUAAGCAUUUAAAAUAAAUAUUAGAAACUUAGAAAUAAAGAAGCAUAAUAAAAAAGAGAAGAUGAAGAAAUGGUUGCAAUGAUGCAUCAAUGGUCUUCAAAUAAAGCAAGAGUUGAAAGAGAAAUGAAUAGAAGAAUAGAGAGUGCUAAUUAUGGUAAUAGAUUUAGAGAAUUAGAAAUGAAAGAAAGAUAAAAUAAGGAAAAAGAUUAUAAAGAACUUAAUAAAGUAAAUAUAUAUUAAUAUAAUAAUUAAGAUUUAAAAGAAUCAUUAAUUAAGUUUGAGUAAAAACAAAUCAAAAUGGGAAGAUGAUUUAAGUGAUUUAUCAGAUGAAGAGAUUGAAAUGAUAGAAAAUAAUAUUGAAAUUGAUGGUUAAACUGGAAUGAUAGAUGAUGAUGGUUUAAAACGGUAAUAAAAAAGAGUUAGACCUUAAACUUGUUAACCUAGAAAUUUAAAUGAAAAACUUCCUAAUUAUAGGAAAGAAUAGAAAUUUAUGAAUAAUACUGAUUUUAGAGGAUUAGAAUCAAAGAUUUCAAAACAUAAUAUAAAUAAAAUAAAAAAACUACAUGGAAAUAUUAUAGGUUUAUAAGAAGAAGAUGAAGCUAAUCGUCUUGCACCAGAAUAAAGUAUGUCUAUAUAUGGAAAAUAAUUAUCUCUUACUCAAUAAUAAAAAAGACCUUUAUCUGCAAUAUUAGCAGCUUAACCAUUGGAUUAAGUUAGAUAUGAAUAAUUAUAAGUAUAUAUAAUUUUAAAAUGAUUAGGAAAUAGAAGAAAUAAAAUUGAGAUUGGCAUAAAAAGGAGUUGCUGUUCCUGUUUAAAAAUUAGUUAAUGCUUUAUUGAUUCCUGAUCCUGUUAAUUUGAAAGAUCCUGAAGGUAAUUCAUUACCACCUCCAGGAUUUGGAAUGAAAGCAGAUCCUUUUGCUAAGAAAAAAAAAUCUAAAAAAAAGAAAAGAAGUAAGAAAUGAG